GGGAAGUGUCGUAUGUACGUUCCUCGCAAAGACGAGGAAUAAGUCAAAAUGGCGUUCCACGAUACAAUAACUGAUAUUCAUUUAGAAAAAAAUUCAAAAAUAUUAGUAAAUGUCGAAGAGGCCUUACCGGACAUUAUAGUUGUGACAUAUACAUACGAUAGUAAAUUAUUUCAAGGUGUAUUACUUGAUUCAACAAAACGCAAUCUACCAUUUGGUGUCCACAAAAUACAUCCAGCAUUCACACCAGCAGAACCAAAAACUGGCGAUAAUGAUGAUAAAUUAUACUCAGUGUCACAACGUUUCAAUUACCAAGAAAAGCCCAAUCAAACAACAUUACCAAAACGGCCAACAAAAGCACAAAGUCGUGUACGCAACCAACGGAUGACAGUACGACUUCGACCUAGACAGGUUCUAUGCUCGAAAUGUCGCGGUAUAUGUAAUGAAAAUUCAGAAAAUGUUGAUCAUUCACGUAGUAAUAGCAAGCGUAGUAGUCGAAACAAUACGGACAAUAACAAUACAAAUACGUCAUCGAAUGUGCCACAUCAUGAGUUCAAUACACGACUACAGGCUAAGGAAAAAAAACUAAGUGAGCAGAGUGCCCCUCCACGAUCGGUGUUCUCCGAUAACCAAAUUAACGCUAACAAUAAACGACAGCAUGCUGAUCAAGCAAUGUGUCCAACACUCAUACCGAAAAUCCCACGUUUACAACCAAACGAUAUUACCAGUGCAAUCAACGGGAAUAAAAUAAAAAUCAUUGGAAAUUAUGUAGUAAAACCUUCACAACCUUCACCAUCUCCUUCAUGUGAAAAUGAUGAUCCCCUCUCAAUGGCUAAAGAUCCUCUUGCUUUUAAUAACAAUGAUGUGAUUGAAACUCAGCAAAUUAGUGACAAUAGCAGUGACCAAUAUUAUGAAACUAGCGAUCAAGGUGAUAUGCAUGAUAGCAGUAGUAGUGCAAAACAAAAACGUAGUAUGGUGCUUCGUAAAAAGAAAAGUGUUGGGUCUAUGGAAGAUCUGUGGGACGAAACCGUAUUCGAGGAAGCUGGUAAUAAUGGUGGCGUAGCAACACUGGAUGGUGGAACACGAACACUUAAAAUAUCGUUUGGACGUGAAGGUGAAGGCACUGUUUUAAAAAUACCAAAAAUAGAUACAUUCGAAUCGGCGAAUCACCAAAGUGAGGAUAAUGUCACAAGUAGUAAUAGAGAUGCAACAGCAAAAGCUGCAAAACGAGCUUUAAAAAAAGCAAAAAAAGAAGCACGUAGAAAAAUAUUAAUUGGUGCAGGACAAAGUCCUGUAUAUACACUUAGUGGAGCAUCACCAAGGUAUACAUUGGCCUCACCACGUUACACAAUUGGAAGUACAUCACCGCGAUACACAAUAUCAACAACGGAAGCGUUAAUACCUAGAAGACACAAACAUAAGGUGAAACAUAAGAAAAAACACCGCGAUGAACGCAAACAUAAAACGGUACAAGAAGAUCCUCUUUUUAUUCCAGACACUGAUACUGCCAUAAAAGAACGCUGCCUGAAACAAAAACUGUCAAUAAGUCUGAAACGAUUAACUGAAAAUUCAUAUAGCAGUAAAUGUUCAAAUAAAACAACUAGCCCAGCGGGGAGUUCAGAUGGUUUCGAAGAUUCUCCGCCCAAUUUCCCGCCCGUUCCACAGCCAUUAAUGAUGCACAUAUCUACUGAGCCAGCUACGAUUGGAAUUGAUGCAGAUGGUAAUCGAUUGGAAGUGGGUGAUGUGGUGUGGGGUAAAAUACAUGGAUUUCCAUGGUGGCCUGGUAAAGUUUUAAGUAUAACUGCCUCGGAAUGUACAGCCUCUUCAAAUACAGACUAUGAUGAACAUACGAUGCGACCACAAGCUCAUGUCGCUUGGUAUGGAUCAUCAACGUCUUCGCUUAUGCCAUGUGAUCAAUUAAGUCCAUUUUUAGAAAAUUUUAAGAGUCGUUACAAUAAAAAGAAAAGAGGGCCAUACAAAGAGGCUAUUCGCCAGGCCACAAAUGAAGCAAGAAGUGAACAACAACACGCCACGUCUACCACAAAUUCCGUAACAACUGCUUUAGUGCCACUGGUUUCCCCUCCAUUAGCUUCACCUAGAGAGAUCGAUGUUGCCUCUUGAAUAUACUGUUAAGUGGGGAUAAUAAUAGUUUAUGUGUUUUAAAAGCAGUUUCGUUUGAGAUAACAGCGAGCAAGUGAUAUGUAUAUUAUUUUUCAUUUAAUAAAAAAAAAAAAAAUUUUCCUCAUCAGAAAAUUUAGGGUAACAUUUAAUG